GCGGCUUUUCCAAGUCUUUGCGUUUCUUAGUGUUGCAUAUUGUCUUUCCAGAUUUUUAGUGUCUCACGUCCUAUGGGAUCACUAUCAUUGGGUUAUUAUCCUUCAUGUAAUGUGGUAGCGACGGCAACAUCUGGGUCAGCUUCUACAGACGAUCGACAACAAGCUCUUAUUUAUCCAUGUAUUAAGAUGUAAACUAACCCUUCUGUCAUUAAUCAAACGAUUUAUAGAAUGAGCAUCACUGGAUUCGAUCCUGAACGGUAUAAAGUCAUCAAGGGUGAAUAUACACCACUCGCAUGUUAUGGUGAAUUACGAAUUAAUUAUUGUAUCACACGUGAUAUCCCUUUCCUGUCAAAUUCAUUUAUUACAAAUUGGUCUCAAACACAAGUUAAUCUUGACAGACAAUUGUAUGAUAAACGAUACAAGUGUAGAUUUGUUUUCUAGAUUUAAUGAAGCCUUUGAUUUACCCUUACCAUAUAAUGCCUUGUACGACUAUAAUGGAAUUUGUUUUGUCCUGUCAUCUACGUAUACGGAUAAAAAAGGUAUGCAUGAACAGUUAAUAGCUGGUGCAAACAUGAAAUUAUACAAUUCUAAAAAAGUAUUUCGACAAGGAAUUUACGAACUUGAAUUACAUCCUUUGGAACCGUUAGGUGUUUAUCGACUAGAGGAUGUUGAAAAAUUAGUAAGGGAACCUACUUUUGACUCAAAACCUUCGAAUAUGGAUACCAUGAACCAAAUCCUUAAGACGAACCGUAAACACCUUCGUAAUGAAUUGUUAGAAACACCAUUAGACCGACAUUGUAUGCCAGAUGUGGAACAUGCGGUUGAUGAGGCGAAACGAGCUAGUGGACGUUUAUUCCUUAGUGUAAAAUUUGAGUUUUCACGAAGCUAUCCAUCUGUGUAUAUGCCUGUAAUAUUUCAGCGUCCAUUUCUACCUGAACAGUCAGAAUUACGAGCUGAUCGAUGGAAUCCAGUAGAUGAAAAGUAUUUUAAAAUGACACGUAAUGCUCGUACAGCUGACGUGGAUCGUGCACGUAAACCUAAUAAAGACAUAUUAGAUAGAUUGAAACUUGUUCUUGAUUUACCACCAGGAUUAAAUAUAUCCGAAUCAGAUGGGGAUCUUAUCUGGAAGUAUCGAUUUUAUUUAGCUGAUAAAUUCCCUGAAACUUCUUUAGCGAAAUUCAUUUUAUCUGUUCGUUGGGAAUAUACAGAACAAGUGAAUCAAGCUGUUGAAUUGUUAAGACAAUGGCCAAAAAUAGCGCCUGAACAUGUCCUAGAACUGUUCACUCGUCAAUUUCUUCAUCCUGCCGGUAGAAGAUUUGCUGUACAUCGUUUGGAAGCUGCCAGUGAUGAGGAACUUAUUUUAUACUUAUAUCAACUUGUACAAGCAUUACGCUAUGAAAAUUGGCAUGAUAUAUUUUCAGUCCAACCUAAAAGAAAUGAUCGAACUUCUAAACGUAAUGUUUCAGAUGUUACAAAAGAAGGUAAUUCUGAAGAGGUGAAAUCUACAAAUUUGACAUCAAAUCGUAAAAUGCCAUCAUCUUUUCGUACUGGACGAGGUGGUGCAUUGCAAAAUAUUGAACGCAGUCGUGAAGAAUUAAUUGGAUGGCAUUCUGAUUUAAAAAAGGAAUGGAAAGAAGAUUUAGCCACUUUCCUUAUAAGACGUGCUCAAUUAAAUUUUCGUAUUGCAAAUUACUUGUAUUGGUUUUUACGAUUAGAAGCAAACAGUAAUGAUGGUGAAGAUGAUUUCUGCGAACGGGAUAGAGUAAAUCCACCCGAUACUCAAAAGAUGUAUAAACAUGUUUUGAAUAGACUUUUACAUGCUUUUGAUGCUGGUAGUCCUACUUGUCAAAAAUGGAACAUAGAACUACUACAACAAACACAAUUCAUUCAAGAUUUAUGCCGGUUGCUAAAAUCAGUUACCAAUGAUUUGGGUAAUCGUUCACGCAAAAUUGAAUUGCUAAGAUCAAAGUUGGAUAGUGAAGAAUAUACUCAUAUUAGGCAUAUUGAUAAACCAUUCCCACUUCCUCUAAAUCCGGAUAUUAUUGUAUGCGGUGUACAGUCGUCUACAGCUACACUAUUCAAGAGUUUUCAACGACCUGCAUUACUGACUUUUAUCCAACCAAAUGGCGACACUUAUCGAGCUAUUUUAAAACAUGGUGAUGAUUUACGUCAGGAUCAAUUGGUUUUACAAAUGAUUGAGUUAAUGGAUGUGAUACUUCGCAAAGAAAAUUUCGACCUUCGAUUGACACCAUAUAAAGUUUUGGCAACAAGUAACCGUCAUGGUUUAGUUCAAUUUGUCGAAUCUAUUUCAUUGGCUGAUAUUCUUCAUCGUUCCACAUUACUAGCUUAUUUACAGUUAAAAGCUCCGAGUCCAAAUAGUCCUAUGGGUGUUCAAAAAGAUGUUAUGGAAACAUAUAUUCGUUCUUGCGCCGGUUAUUGUGUCAUCACUUAUCUUCUUGGAGUUGGUGAUCGUCAUAUGGAGAACUUACUGCUCACUGCUGAUGGUCAUUUAUUUCAUAUUGAUUUUAGUUUUAUUCUUGGCGCUGAUCCUAAACCAAUGGCACCUGAAGUAAGAUUAACUCGUGCAAUGAUUGAUGGUAUGGGUGGUCCAAAUUCAAAUCAAUUUAAUGAAUUUUGGAAAAUCACUUUUACAGCUUUUCUUAUUUUAAGACGGCACGCGAAUUUAUUUUUGACUCUAUUUUCCUUAAUGUCAAACACAGGAAUACAGAGUUUCAAUGGUCAACAAAAUAAUGCAUCUGAAUUUUUAAAAGAACAUUUCUGUGUACAUCAAUCCGAAGAGAAAGCUGUUAGUCGACUGGCUAAUCGUAUGACUGAAUCUAUCAAGGCUAUUGUACCUGAUAUUAUGGAACGAAUACACACUAUUGUACAAUAUAUGAGGAACUAAUCAAACCUUCCAAUAAUCUAAUUGUGAUAGAGAUCUUCAGUAACUUUUUUGUCAAACUUAUAUUUUCCUAACAAAAAAAUAUCACACAUUUUCACCAGGAUACUUUUGUUUACAAAAUGUUUCAGUCAAUAAUAAAAUGUCACAGUAUUUCUUAUCACUAUUUAAUAAUUUUUGUAACAAUGUAUGUACAUGAAUAAUAAUAAUAUUAACAAUAAUAAUAGAGUUGUCUUAUGU